UGUCCUAGCCCAGGUGAACAGCCUGUAGCAGGUGGGGAUGGGCAGACGGCUUUGUUUCCUGGGCGAUGAUGGUCACCGUCUCCUUCUGAGGCUGGGUCUGCGUCUUUCAUGAUCCAUGCCAGGUUGGAACAGUUGAAGGAUGAUGCCGUUGGCCCCUGCUCCAGGAUUCCCCUACUUCCAUGGAUCCUGGCACGUCUAGAUCAAGACCCUGUUGAGCUGACAGCUGAGGAAGAUGAAGAUGUAACUAGAUGAACCCUCCAGUUGAUGUCUUUGUUCAAUAAAGGAUCCGUCCUUGGGUUGAUGUUGGGCGUUCCUUCUGCUAGGAGAUGAAAGUCUAGUUCCUAGAUCUUUGGUUCUACCAACCAUGAAGGCCAAGAGCAAAGGAACCAAGUGUCGGAACGCAGUCAGUGAAGAGACUUUAGGACAAGAAUCUACCCAGAGCCGAGAUGAUCUUCUAAAAUAUUCACGGCGCAAGGAAAAGAGGAACAAGGAAAGCCCAAAGGUGACCUCCAAACUUCCUUGGAGUAGCAAGGAUCGGCGCUUGCGGAGGCUGGAGAGCAACGAACGUGAGCGUCAACGCAUGCACAAACUCAACAAUGCCUUCCAAGCGUUGAGAGAAGUCAUCCCCCACGUCCGAGCUGAGAACAAGCUCUCCAAAAUCGAGACCCUCACGUUGGCCAAGAACUACAUUAAGUCCCUCACAUCCACCAUUCUCAGGAUGUCCAAUGGACACCACCCAGUGGUUGAAGGCACGGGCUCUGAAGGCAAGUGCAAACUCUAUGAACACUAUCAACAGCAGUGUGAGGAAGGAGAUGAACCGAAGGAGCAACUUCAGAAGUACUCCACCCAAAUUCAUAGCUUCCGACAAGGCAGCUAAAGCUGGCUGUCCAUCUGCCGUUGUCUUCCAGGACCCAAGAAGAAGACAUCCCAACCAUCAAGUGGACGUGUCUGACUUUUCCCCGUAGUUUUGCAAAAUGGAAAUCCAGUUUUGAACUUCUGAUUUAGGAGAGGACCUGGGUACGAACCCAACUUAUGUUCACAAAUACCCUGUUUUUCCUUGAAAAUAAGAUCCAACUGGAAAAUAAGCCCUAGCGUGAUUUUUCAGGAUGCUCGUAAUGUAAGCCUUACCCUGAAAAUAGGCCCCAGUUAAGAUUGUCAGUCAGACAGGCACAUUUAGUUACCGUUUUUCCCCCAAAAUAAGCCGUAAUGCAUUUUUUGGAGCAAAAAUUAAUAUAAGACCCAGUCCUAUUUUUGGGGAAACACGGUAUAUAGAGUCUUAUAGGUCAUAUCGGGUCUCCCAAUUGUGCAGGGGAUUGAAUUAGAAGACAUCCAAGAUCCCUUCCAAUGCUGAUAUUCUAUUAUAAUCCAUCCAGGUUUUUUUAAAAUAGUUUAGUUUCUUAAAAAGUAAGCAUUUUUUUAAUCUUAAAAAAAAAGAAAAAAGCCAAUAUUUCUAGAAUGAAUGUAAAUGUUGCGAGCUGUUAGGUGUCUCAUGCCAGGAAGAUCCCCAGAUGUUUUUUAAGUUCAAUUCCUAUUAGUUGUAGCCCUUGAGGAGGGAUGUUAGUGUUAGCUCCUCAACAUCUGGAGAUCGAUAGAUCCCACAUUUCUGACUUUAAGCUCAAACUAGAUGAACUCAUGUUAGUUGUUGGAAUUUGUAUGACGGUUGUAUGCGUUGUUUUCAAUUGAUAAAUCAGCAUGCAAGACUCUACGUGACACUUAGGCAUUGUUCAAAAAAGAGGCUUUAACCCCAUAAUCUCCUUUGGGAUCAGGACAAAAUAAUGUUUUUAUUCCAAUAGAAAUAGGCGCUUCAGGAUAGAACCACAGUUAUGGAUAGAGAAUAAAGAUUCCUUUCUCCCUGUUUUUAGUGUUUUGAUCUACAAGGUCUACAUUUCGUGUUUAAUAUUUU